AUGUCCUCCUCCUCGAGCCAUGCUACGAAUGCGAUCACCAACCUUAACCUCGCAUUGAUUCUUCCCACUAAUAUUAACCACGGAAGACUCUACGCGCUCAGAAACGAUACCUGCAUGCAUAUCGAUCUGAAAAUCCAGCUCGCGCGCGACGCCGUCGCCUGCAAGGUACAUACGCUUACCACCACUGUCGCGGCGUAG